AUGCAGGUAGCAGAGGAGCUGACAUCACUCUGUAAAAUUGCAUGGCCCAUAGUAGCCUCAAGCUUGCUUUUAUAUCCCAAGGCAAUCAUCUCCACAGUCUUCUUGGGAUAUCUUGGGGAUGCUGAAUUAGCUGGGGGCUCACUUUCAGUUGGAUUUGCAAAUAUUACAGGCUACUCUGUUCUGAAAGGCCUGGCGUUGGGGAUGGAACCAAUUUGUUCUCAAGCUUAUGGAGCAAAAAAAUGGGAAGUUUUCUGCCAAACAUACAAAAGGACUCAGUAUCUCCUCUUUCUUGCAGCCAUUCCAAUUUCUCUUUUGUGGUUGAACAUGGAACCCAUCCUUCUAUGGUUAGGUCAAGAUCGAAACAUUACGUCUGUGGCCAAGGCUUAUAUAACAUAUUCUCUUCCUGAUUUACUAGCCCAAGUCCUCCUCCAUCCCUUAAAGAUUUUCAUAAGGACACAAAAUCUAACCAAAGCCCUCACUAUAUCUGCUGUUUGUGCAAUAAUUCUCCACCUCCCUAUCAACUACUAUCUUGUAACAUAUUUGAAUAUGGGGAUAAGGGGUGUUGCUCUAGCCUCAUCCUGGACUACCUUAAACCUGUACCUUGCUUUGCUAGUUUACCUUUUCCAAUCAAGGACAGCACUAAAACCUUGGGAUGGGAAAGCAAAACAUGAAUGCUCUCAAGGCUGGCAACCAUUGCUAGCCCUUGCAGUGCCAAGCGUUCUCUCUGUCUGUUUGGAGUGGUGGUGGUAUGAGAUAAUGCUCCUAUUGUGCGGUCUACUUAGUGAUCCACAGGCAAGUGUGGCUGCAAUGGGAAUCCUCAUACAAACAACAGGAUUGCUCUAUGUGUUUCCUCACUCUCUUGGCUUGGGUUUAUCAACAUGUGUUGGCCAAAAGUUGGGGGCUGGGCAGCCUGCGCAGGCUCGACAGACAACAAUAAUUGGACUCAUUGUGGCGAUUGUGUGCGGUAUACUGGCUUUUGCUUUUACAAUUGCAGUUAGAGAUGAGUGGGGCAAGCUAUUUACAUGUGAGCCAAAUGUCCUUGCUCUAACAUCAACUGCCCUUCCUGUAUUAGGCUUUUGUGAGCUAGGCAAUAGUCCCCAGACAGCUGCAUGUGGAGUCCUCACAGGCUCUGCACGGGCUAAGGUGGGUGCUUAUAUUAAUUUUGGCUCCUUCUAUCUAAUUGGUAUGCCAGUUGCAGUUCUCAUGAGUUUUGGAUUCAGAAAGGGCUUUAUGGGGUUGUGGUUUGGUCUUGCGGCAGCUCAGAUAUCAUGUAUGUGCAUGAUGAUCUACACUUUGGUUUCAACUGAUUGGAAGCAGCAGGCUAUAAGGGCCAAGGAUCUGGCUUUGGCCACUGAAGGUGAGAAUAAUGAUUUGGAAGUCAAUCUCCUUAGCUGAGUUUGGUCCCUUGAAGCUGCUAAACUACUUGUACUGGCACCAUGAUAUGCGAUAGUCCUAGACUUUCUAAUGGCAAAAACCUCCUGUUUCAUUCCUCACAUUCCCCCCUCGCCCCAAAAAUAAAAAUCAUUCAUUUCAUUCUAUUUUAUUGUCAGUUUUUUUUUUUUUUUUUU